CACUCAGUAAGCCUGUGGCGCCUUACGAGGUGGGAUGUGCUACAAUACACGUUGUUGGUACGUUAGUGCCCGAUGCACGCGAGAAUAAAAUUUCGAGUGCCGAUUCGCGAUUAUCGUGACACUCGUUAUUUUUUUUUUUAAAUAGAUUAUUAUCAAAAGUGUGAUGAGUGUGAAUUUUUGUAAGAAAUUUAUUUAAAAUAAAAAAGAAAGUUAGGGGGUAAAUUCAUUGUUUCUUUAGGGGGGGAAUGUUUCUUCUUUGCCAACAAGAAGAAAUAAGUGAUAUUUGUAUAAAAAAAAGAAAUAAACGGGACCAGUGACCGGAGUGGGCACGUGUCUGUCGUGCGACGAAAGUGAGUACAACUAAAAAGUGCAAAGAGAGAAAAAGAGAGAGAGAGAGAGAGAAAGUGGAGAGUAUUAAAGGUGAUCGUGUGAUAACGAGACAAUGUGCGUGACCACACCGCUUAGCGCUUCCAAAAUACUCAAGGAUAAACGUGCGGUCAGGACUAUAACGACCAGUACAACACAGGUGCAGGACGCACCUACAGGCAAUGGGUUAAAUACGAGGCCACAGCACACUUCGAUCAUGAUGGUCCGGAUGAUCGGAGAUGAAUUUCUGACAGAAGAGAGGGAUCGAAAAUAUUAUGCGGAUCAUUACACAUGCUGUCCACCGCCAUUGUUUAUCAUUCUCAUUACACUCGUUGAGUUGGGAUUUUUCACGUACUAUGUUGCGGUGAUGGGCGAAGUGAAUCCCUCGGGGCCGGUCCCUAUCGACAGCGUCUUUAUAUACAGGCCGGACAAACGCCUUGAGCUCUGGAGGUUUGCCUUCUACAUGUUCCUUCAUGCUGGGUGGCUUCAUUUGCUUUUUAACCUCGGGGUACAGUUGGUCGUUGGACUGCCACUUGAAAUGGUCCAUGGCAGUUUGAGGAUAGGAGCAGUUUACAUGGCUGGCGUCUUGGCUGGUUCCUUGGGUACGUCGGUGUUUGAUACAGACGUUUAUCUCGUGGGCGCCAGCGGUGGGGUUUAUGCACUCCUUGCAGCACAUCUUGCCAAUGUUCUCCUUAACUAUAACAACAUGGAGUUUGGCAUAGUUCGCCUCAUCGGCAUCUUCAUUAUCGCAAGCGCCGACGUGGGUUUCGCCAUCUACGACAGAUAUGCUGCUGAGCAGAUGGGUCCACCUGUCUCGUACGUGGCGCACCUGACCGGUGCUUUGGCCGGGCUGACGAUCGGUCUUCUCGUACUCAAGAAUUUCGAGCAACGACUGCACGAGCAACUCCUGUGGUGGGUGGCCUUGGGCGUCUACGCAGCCUGCACAAUAUUCGCGAUCAUGUACAAUCUCAUGCAUCCCGACUAUCCCUGACGUGAGGUCAGCUUCGCUUACGGUUAUCCAAGUAAUACGUAACGCGAAGCCUUCAUGACGACCAUUCAUCGUUGUCGUCAUCGUCAUUGUCACAAUUCAUUAUCUUGACCUCGUUCAGCAACGAACAAUUAAAACUAAAAACAAAAAAAAACAAACAAACAAACAAAGCUCAUGCCAAAAAAAAAAAUACGAAAAAACGGGAAAAUCCUAAAGCCAAAAACCAGGCCACCUAACGUACCAAAGAGAUAUUUCAAAGGAACCUGAUGAUAAUCCAAACAAACCAGGAGAUUUAAAGAAAAAAAGAAGGUAAGGAUUCUAAGCACCUCGAAAAAAAAGAAUCUAGCGUAAAAAAAUGUAGUAAAAAAAGUAGUUUGAUGAUAGGGAAGGAAAGAGACAAGAUCCAAAGAAACAAAAAAAAAAUAGAAGCAAAAAAAAUGUAGCAUUUUUUUUCAAUUCAAACUGCAGGUUAGUUUGAUGACCAAAAAAAAAGAAAUUUUUCUUUCUUUCAAAAAAAAAUUCAUCAAGAGCUACAUUUUUCUUUCCGUUAUCUGCUUCGAGUCAUCUCUUAAUUUUCACCCCCCCCCCCCCCACAAACACACUAGAAAAAAAACAUACAAGACUGAAACUCUUUCCAAUUUCCCCGAGAUGAAAUAAAAAAAAAAAUAAAUAAAUAAAACAGAAACUCGAAAAAUUCAAAUAAAAGGAGAAAAUAUAGACAAAUUGCUCUUAUCCUUUUUUUGUUUUGCGCAAAAUACAAUGUAUAUGUGAAAUUUCGAGUCUAUACACUUGUUUCGUUAAUGCGACGACGCUUAAUCCGUUCGCCGGUAAUCUGCCCGUGUAAUCAUUACCCUACAUUAAUUGUAUAUCAUUGUAAAUACAAUGUACAGCACACAACGUAUAUAUAUAUAUAAAAAUAUAUAUAGUAGAAAAGGAGCCUUAAGGAGCCCAAGCGCGUGUGUAUUCGAAAGGCUCUCGAACGUAAUUGCAAACUAACGAGAUGAUCGUGUGUCGCCAGUGUUCUUGUUACUAGAAUGCGACCAACUUCAUUAUGUCCCCAUGUGUGUAUAAAUGAGCAGACCUUUCCUUUUUGUCCGUGUUUAUUACAUCUCCCCCCCCCCCCCCUCAAUCACCACUUCUUACUGAAUUUUUUCAGUAAUUUCAUUUUUUAUUUAUUUAUAUUUUUGAUGUUUUUUUUUCAUUUUUUUUGUACACUGAAAAAAGUUCUGGUUAAAAAAGAAACCGGGAAUUCUGGUUAAAUUUGGUAGAACUGGAAUAGUUAACUGGAAUUUUGGUUUUUAUUCAUGUAAUCAGAGAAAAGAGUAAAAUAUGGUUAAAUUGAAGAAUUUUGAUUGAAUUAACUGGAAUUUUGGUUUUACUUAAUCAAAACCGGAAAAUAGAUAAAGGUAAAUAUAUUUAACACUGCAUUCUAGUCGAAUUAACAAGAAUUCUGGUUGAAUUAACUAGAAUACUGGUUAAAUUCGGUGGAAUUCUGGUUUGAAAUAAUUUGACAAGAAAAAAAUGGUAUUAUCUGGUUGAGAAUCUUUAGAAUUUUGAUUAAAUUAAGAGGAAUUCUGGUUUGAAAUAAUUUAUCCAGAAAAAAUUGUAAAAUAUGGUUAAAUUAACAAUAGAAUUCUGGUUAAAUUAAGUAAAAUUCUGGUUAAAUUAAGUGAAAUUCUGGUUUUAAAUAAUCCAUCUAGAAAAUAUUAAAAAAUAGUUAAAUUGACUGGAAUUCUGGUUCUAAAUAAUCUGACCAGAAAAGUUGUAAAAUCUGGUUAAAUGGCAAUAGAAUUCUGGUUUCAUUAAGUGAAAUUCUGGUUUGAAAAACUCUAUCUGGAAAAGAUUAAAAUAUGGUUAAAUUAACUAUAAUUCUGGUUCUUAUUAAUUUAACCUUAAAAAAAUAGUAAAAUCUGGUUGAAUAACAAUAGAAUUCUGGUUGGACUAAGUGAAAUUCUGGUUUGAAAUAAUCUAUCUCGAAAACAUUAAAAUAUGGUUAAAUUAACUAUAAUUCUGGUUCUAAUUAAUCUAACCUUAAAAAAAAUAGUAAAAUCUGGUUGAAUAACAAUAGAAUUCUGGUUAAAUUAAGUGGAAUUUUCUGGUUUAAAAUAAUCCUUCCAGAGAAAAUAGUAAAUUAUGGUUAAACGAACAAUAGAAAUUUAUUUAAAUUAACUGGAAUUGUGUUCCUAAUUAAUUUAGCCGGAAGAAAUCGUAAGAGAAUAUUUAACACUAUAUUCCAGUUAAUCCAACUAGAAUUCUGGUCAAAUUGACUAAAGUUUUGGUUAAAUUAACAAGAAUACUGGUGAAAUUCAGUGGAAUCCUGAUUCUGAUUAAACAAACCAGAAAAACGUAUUAAGACUACAAUUAAUAGUAAACUCCAGGGAAAAUAAUCAAAAUUUUUAUUAAGAAACUAGAAUUCUGGUUAAAUUAACUCUAAUAAAGUUUAACCAUAAUUCUGGUUAUUUCAUCUAGAAUAAAGUAUUGAUUUGCUGGAAUCCAGAUUAUGGUUAAUCUAAUCAAGAAUAUAGAGUAUAUUUAACACUAUAUUCUAGUUGAAUUAGUCAGAAUUGUUGUUAAAUUAACUAAAAUUCUGGUUCCGGUUAUUCUAACUAGAAAAUGAGUAAGAGUAUAUUUAGCAAUAGAUUCUUGUUAAAAUAACCAGAAUUCUAGUUAAAUUAACUAGAAGUUGAGUUAAAUUAACUGGAAUUCUGGUUCAAGUAACUAAAAUUCUGGUUCUGGUUAUCUUUACAAAAAAAAUGAGUAAAAUUAAUUUUGAACUACA